AUGGCACGCCAACAGAAGGCAGCGUAUGUUCGACCCAUCAAGGAUUUGAGCGCGGUGGCAGGACGAGUCUCAGAACAAGUAUGCGGUCGCUUAGUGCAUCAUUACACAGAGAUGUUCAAGAAGGGAACCAGCAAAAGUGUUGCAGUGCUUGUGGAUGACAAUGCACUGCGGUCGGUGUUGGUGCUGGAAGCUUGGAGUGUGGCAGAUCAAACACACAUGCAGAAUGCGCUUCUCAAGCACGCUGGAGAAGUUGUUUGCCUCACCAAUUUCAAAGUGCAGAGCAGAGGCCGCUCGCUUGUAUUUUUUGAUCGUGAUUUGCGUGUGGCCUUUGACAAGUCCACAAAAGUGAGCGUUGGCACAGGGAACUAUCCUACACAGUUGCCACCUGUGCCACAGGUGAAGGAUGCCCUUCUAUGUUCAAAUUCUUGUAUGAUUUCCAUCGAAAUGGUUUUGCUUGAAGAUCCCCAGACCAAGGAUGCGAAGUUGCAAGAUGGUGGCCAAAAAGAAGUGUGCAAUGUGAAGGUUGGCAGUGGAGAUUCUAGUUUGAUGGCUGCAUUUUGGCAUCCAUUGUCGGAGCAGAUGAAAGAUGCCUCCAAGAACGGCGUCUAUCGCCUUGACUGGGUCAUGUUGAUUCCCGAAGGAAAGUGCAUUAUGAUCCCGGCAGUCUUUGUGAAGGACAUGCGUGGAAUGAAUGCGGAUGACUCGGAGACGCUGUGGUAUCUUGGAUGCACGAUGUGCAAAAAGCAAUUGGUUGACUCGAAGUGUGAAGCGCAUGGGCAAAAUGAUGGCAAAAAGGUGUAUGGUGCACAGGUGUUAUUUGCGGAUCCCACACGUACCUUGGAACUGGCUGUGUGGGGGGAUGGCUUGAAGUUCAUGCUGCUUUGUGCGCAGGAAGCUUCAGGUGAGCUGGAUGCAGAGGGCCAGCUAAACAACAUGCUUACCGGUCUGCUCACAGAGAAGCUCUGUCUGCGCGUGGACUUUGGCGUCAACAAAGCGGGCUCCGGCAUGUACUAUGAUCUCUUUGACAUCAGCGCACAGGUGACCGACGAGGGGGCAGCUGGUGCUUUCAAGGCCUUGGACGCUGAUAUUUUCUUUCCCUCUCCUGGACGCCUGGACGCAGAUUGCAAUUGGUUAUGGUUGCUUUACGCGGGUUCUUUGUGGCCGAUGUUUCCAAGCUUUGUUUGUGUCUUACGGAAGAUGUUGAGCAGUGGGGCACAGACUCCAAGACUGGUGUUCGCCGCAGGCAUUGCUUGUCAGCCUCUGUCUUGGGAGUCUUGCGUAGGGAAAGCAUCGUCUGCAGCCGGAGAGAUGGAAGAGGUUCCUGCAACAGAAGACCUGCCAGUGCGGAGGAAAAGGAUUCUUGAGUUGCAGGUCCGCGUGAAGAAGUCCAGCAAGUCUGUCGUGCAGACCCAAUGGAAGUCAAAGACAGUGAGUAGCAAGCGCUCUGGAACCAUCAUGUUCAAGGAUCAUGUCCGUGUUCUGGGUGUCAAGAAGGGCACUGUGUCCAUGAAGGCCUUCACAGUGCCGUUGCAGAAAGCUCCCAAACUGAACCUCAAAGUCAUGGUUAGCUCCCCCAAGAAGGAGACCUCAGGGAAGAAGGAUUUAGCCAACCAGAUUCGCUGGAGUCUGGAGUAUCGGCAAGUGUGUGAAAAAUUUGACAUGCAGCCUGGAACCUAUUUGACUGUAGAAGCAGCUGAAUGGUUUUCUGGUUUGCCUCGGCAUUGGACUUCUUUGUCGUGGCACCCGGAUAUGGACACCUUUGAUCAGAUGUUCCCAAAUGCCCGGAAGAAGGUUGAGAUCAACCACUUCGCACGGGAAGUCCUGAAGAAGCGCAUGGACGAAGGAUUUUUGCACAAAGCUGACAUUCAUGAUGACAUCCGCACACUCAAGGUCAGCAACGAAACUGAAGCUGAAGGAAGCCAAGGUGGAUUAGAUGAUCCACGCAGCAGCUUGCUUCGAAAGGUUUUUGAAACCUUUGACAAGAUACCGGCCGACAAGAGGAAGUUGAUCUACCUCGAGCAUGUCAAAAGUAUUUUGUCCAAGGCGAGCGCUAUGCAGACAGUCAUGAAGUUUCUCAUCAAGGCCCAGCGACGCAGGGUCUUCUUCUUCGCAGUUGCUGCAGGUUUCAAGCUCUUCCAGGAGAAGUUCAAUGACUUGAAUUCUCUGCCAAUGCAGGAACCACAGAUUGGAGCAGUGACAGAACUGUCUCAAAGUUCCGAUGACAGUGGGCCCAAAGCAGUCUUACGUAGAAAGCGUUGUCGUUCAAUUGGCGUCCGGAAGCAGGCGCCAGUGGAUGAUGUUGUACGAGUUCAAAGAAUGUUGGCCAAGAAGACCACCAAGUGCAAAGCAGAUUGCAAGCAUCACUUUCGAACCAAAGGAGGGCAGAGAGAAUUGUUGCAGUUUCGAGCUGAAUGGACGCAGCUGCACAAAACAGACCAGGUAUUCAAGCGUAUCUAUGAUGUUUGGCAUGCUCCAGAGAGGGAGGAGGCUCAUUGUCAUUUGAGCUUUGCUUUAGGAAACCGAAGGUUUGGCAAAAUCUUCGAUGCUGUUCAGCGGGGCGAUGAGAAGCCUCCUGUGGAUUUGCGUUAUUUGUCAAGAUCCCAGUUUGCCCGAGACCAAGCUCACGAGGCCACAGAGGUCAUGUCCUUUCUAGAGACAAUCUACACGUCAGUAGCCGAGAAUUUGCCUGACGUGAGGGACGAGACUUAUGAUGGAGAGCCUGAUCAUGAGACUUCUGUGGAUGACCCAUAUAGUUUACACAUUGGGCUCUAUCAGGAUGAGGCCCAAAAGGUUGCAAAGGAGAAGGUUCCAAAGGCUAAAAAACACCACCGUGGUGUUCAAGUUUGCCCAGGGCGGACUGUUGCAGAGGGGUGUGAGGUGUUAUCUGCCACGGCCGCCAUGUGGCCCUUUACCUUUCCGAACCUGAUGUUGCAAAAGAUUCGAACACAAGUUGCGAGAUUCUGGCACACACACUACAUGAUCUAG